UUCAUCUCGACUGCCAUCAAGUUAAUCACCGACUGGGGAUUUGAUGGGAUCGAUGUUGACUGGGAAUACCCGGUCAACGCCCAAGAGGCCCGGAACUAUGUCCUGAUACUCAACGGUCUUCGGAAAGCUCUCGACAAGUAUUCACAGGACUACAAGCUAAACUAUCGCUUCCUGCUCACAGUUGCCUCGCCCGCGGGCUCAAGCCAUUACAACACUAUGGAUCUCAAAAAGAUGGACCCAUGGGUUGAUGCCUGGCACCUCAUGGCUUAUGACUACGCCGGCCCAUGGGAUUCUACCACUGGCCAUCAAGCGAACGUCUUUGCGUCCAGGAAGAGCCCCCUAGCAACAAAGCUGAGUACUGAUGCGACUCUUAAUGACUAUAUCGCUGCUGGAGUGUCUCCCAACAAGAUUCAUCUGGGUAUGCCUCUUUAUGGCCGUUCCUUCGCUAACACAGCUGGUCUGGGCAAACCUUACGAUGGCGUUGCCGGCUCUCCUGCCAACCUAGGGGUCUACCUUCUUAAAGACCUGCCUCGACCCGGAGCAGUGACUACCUACAACGCAGAUCUCAUGGCCAGCUACACAUAUGAUAGAAAGAAGCGGGAGCUUGUGACAAUGGACGAUCUCAAAUCAGCUCAAGCUAAAGCUGGCUAUAUCAACGAGCGGAAUCUCGGUGGAGCUUUCUAUUGGGAAGCCAGGGGUGACAGAUCUGGGUCUGCAAGUGUUGUUGCAGGAGUCAGUCGCACCCUUGGCACACUCGAGAGAAGCAACAAUCUUCUCAAAUACCCUACGAGUAUUUAUGAAAAUAUUCGGAACAAUAGGCCUUGAUAUGGCGUAAUGCGCUAGCCAUUUCCUUUGUACACAAACUUUGUACGGAUAUCUGGUAGGCUUGGAGUCUUGGUUCGGUUUUCAUUUGUCAACUUUGUCGUUAUGGGAUGUGACUGGGAUCUUGUCACUUGUAGACUAUAGAUAAAAAAGCC